UGCCGACCCCGGUGCUCCGCCCGCCCGUUGAAUCGGGGGGGGGGGGGGGGUUGCCGGGGGUCACGGGGGUCGGAUGGGAACCUUUUCUCCCCCCUCCCGGCAUCUGGGCCUGCGGGGCGGGGUCUGGGCGUGCCCGGAUGGGGGCGUGGCGGGGCCCAUCCCCUAAAGUCUCCCGGCACCGUCCCGCCAUGGGUGCCAUGGAGGCGAGGGGCGCGCGCGCGGCCCUGUGCGGCUUCACGCUGCUCUGCGCCCUGGGCCUGGGCCAGCGCCCCGCCGGGGGUCUGAAAUGCGGCCCCGAGCGCCUUCUGCGUGGAACCGGGACGGACGCGCGCUGCUGUCGCCGGUGCGCCCCGGCAGAGCCCUGCCCUAAGGUGGACUGCACAUGUGUGGAGCCGGGGUUCCACUGCGGGGACCCCCAGUGCACCAGCUGCAAGCAUCACACCUGCCCGCCGGGCCAGGAGGCGCGGCCCCAUGGGAAUUUCGAUUUCGGCUUUGAGUGUGUUGACUGCGCCACGGGGACCUUCUCUGGAGGCCAAGAGGGUCGCUGCAGACCCUGGUCAGACUGUUCCCAGUUUGGGUACCCCCCCAUGUUUCCCGGGAACAAGACACACAAUGCCGUAUGUAGCCCGGGGCUGCUGCCCGCUGAGACACAUGACCUGCUGACCGUCAUCCUCCUCUCCGUGACCGCCUGCGUCCUGGUCCUGAGUGCGGCCCAGCUGGGCUUGCACGUCUGGCAGCUGAGACGGCAGCGCGUAUGGCCCCCAGAGACCCAGCUGCUCCUGGAGGCACCGCCGCCCGCUGAGGACGCCUGCAGCUGCCAGCUCCCUGAGGAGGAACGGGGAGAGCAGCUGUCCGAGGACAAGGGCCUGAGGCACCUGUGGGUGUGAGGCCUGGCUGUCCUCUGCUCCAGCAGACCCAGAGCCAGACCCUCCUAGGACACGUCCCAGGGCUGGCCCAUGGGAACAAGGGCUCUGCACUCCACCGUGGGGCCCCAGCUCUGGGCCCGGCCCUGCUCCCCUCGAUGGUGGAAGUGGGUGGGGGAUGGUGACAGUGACCAGUCCCCCAGACCAUGCAGAAGAGGCAGCAGCUGUGGCCAGACCCCAUGGGGCAUACAGCCGCAGCCGUGGCUGCUUCCCUCCCUUGCUGGCCCUGUUGGGGUUGUGGGUCUGUGGGCCCCUGGCUUCCAGGACAGGAGGCUGGGCCCAGUGCAGGACUUGGCUGCAGGCAGUGCUCAAUAAACACUUGUCCAGCGACUUGAGUGGCCAUGUUCUGGGGUGGGAGCGCAGGGAGACGAGGCCCCUACCAGUACCCCCACGCCCACCCACCACCGGCUCCUUCCAGCCAAGGCGGGGCCGGGGGUGAGGCAGAAGUGACGGCCAUUCUAGUCCCGGCCCAAGCGCUUAGCAGGGACCCUGGAAGGCUUCCUGGAGGAAGGGUAACAUGAUGGACACGUGUCCUGUGUGCCUUUUUGCUGCCCUGUCCAAACCCCCUUCCCUGGCAGUCUGCUUGGCACUCUGGGACAGUUGGAUUCUGUAAUCUGUGCUGGUCACACAGUCUGCUGGCUCCUGGGAGGUGCCUGUCCUUGUGUCAUUCUGGCCCCAAGUCCAGGGCGGGGCCGGUUUCUACAGGCAACUCUUCCUGGUCAGGAGGGCAGCCUCUGAGGUCCCUGCCUUUGGCCCCCACCCUCUAGGCCAGACCUGCUGCUCGGCCCCACCACCUCCCAAAUCGCUCUCGCUUGGGGCAUGGUUCUAGGCUCCCGCCCAUCACAGGUGAGCAGUGUCCUUCCAGCCUCUGGGCGGAGCUGGCACCUGCAGUUUGAUAAGGGCUUCUUGGCACUGCUGUCCAGGGUGUGGAAGACCGGUGGAGGCUGGUCUUGACAGCAGGCCUGUCAGGUCCCGGAGCUGCAGCUCCCCCACACCCCCCUUCCUGCCUGCCUGCCUCCCAGGAGGGCCCCUUGACUCACUGGCCCUCACCCCCACUCAGUCCCCUUGGGCCGCAAGGAGGCGGUGGAGAGAGCUGUGUGUCAUGCCCAGGGGCGUGACCCCCACCCUCCCCACCUCGGUGCAGUGUGGCCUCUCCACCCCUGGAAGGAGGGGUGCUGACGGUGCCUUCCUGAAUUUACUCACAUGGGAAACAUCCUCUCUGUGCCUGCGGGAUCCCAGGCUCCCGGCACGCCCACAGAGCCCAUGUUCCAGGUGAGGGUCCAGGUGAAUUAGCUAAUAAAUGAGAAAAACGAAGGUCGACUGGCUGGGUCUCAGGGGACCGUGGGAGACACCAUGCUGUGUUCCUGGGGGCCCCCAGCAGACUGCUCUGGGACCUGCUGGUCAUGCCCCUGGCCCCUCUUCUGUCUCCAGGCUAGGUCUCCGGCCUGCCAACCCCUUGUCCCCCCUGCUUCAGGGGCCAGCUCUCCUCUGGGUUUCUCUUGUCACCUGGGUCACUUGACGGUCCCCCCACCACGGGUGGGGCACGUGGAUGCUCAGGGCUUCCUGGACCCUCCACAGGGGCUGCCUCAGGCUGCCCCAGGGCAAAGGGCUCCCCAGCCCCGGCUCGGCGGUCCUGGUGGUGGGGGCUGGGUGGGGGUGGGGGCUGGUGGGGGGAGAGUUGGGUCGUCUGCAGUCAUAGAUCUUCCUAAGAAAACACUCCGGCCUGCACACACCCAGGUCCUGUGGGACCUCUCUGUCGGCUGACUCAGCGUGGAAACUCCCCAUGGGGGGGGUCCCGUGUGGGGCGACAGCACCCCACCAUCGGCACGGGGGCGGCACCGGGCAGGGUGGGAGAUUCCAAGGCCCAGGUGGAGAAUGGGGCCGAGGCUGGAUUCAGUCAGUGGCAAAAGAGGUGGGGGAGGGAGACCUGGCUGGGCGGGGUGGGCAGGAGGGCUCAGGGGAACCCGUGCAGAGGCUGGAUAGGUCCCCUACUCUUUACCCCCCCACUGCCCUCCCAGAGACGCCCCCUCUCCUUCAACCCAGCUCCAUCUGCCCACCCUGCUCCUGCCCUCCUUGGAGCCCCCAGAGCCCCAUGAUUUGCAAGCUUGUGUUGGCCCCGAGGGCCCCCCAGCCCCAUGGACAUGGAACAGGGAGGGAGUGCAUGGAGAGACUUGGUCUCUGUGACUUAUAGAACAACUGUUGGGUGAAGAGGGUCUGUGCACGGGGUGCCUGGGUGGCUCAGUGG